GGAAAGAAGAUUCAGUCCACACUGCCGCUAAUCAUUUGUGCUCGUUUGUGUAAAUAAAAGUUUGCCAAUAAUUUAAAAUAAUUAACAACUCGUAAAACCCUUACGGUAAAAAUAUACUUUAGCGAAGUGAUUUGGGUGCUUUUCCUGACUGGAGUUAAUCGAUACCCGUGGAAAGAUAACGUGAGGUGGGCGUUUGUUUGUUGGAUUAUUAUUAAUAUUAAUAGUAGCAUUAAAACGCAAAAUACUCCUCAAAAACCGAGAGAAUGGCCGCUGCAGGCAGAAAGCAGAACAAGAAGACCAAACAUACUGACGGUGUGGUGACAGACCUGAAGGCGUUUGACUUCACCGUUCUGGAGGAAAAGAAAGAAAGCGGAUCUGACGAAGACACGAGAGAUGAUGAAACUCCAAUCAUUGACAAGCUGAGCAAGAAAAGAUCUGCAGAUACGUUUGACGAUGAAUUAAAUAGUGGUGUGGGGAAUGAGGUUCAAAGUAUGCUGGAAAGAUUUGGUGCGGACAUCAGCAAGGCCAUGCAGACCAAAAGGAAACGCCUGGAGGUUCUCACCAAAAAUUCCUUAAAGGGCAGCACUCAGAAAUUGGAGCAGAUGUGGAAAACCCAACAGAAUCAGAGGCAGAAGCUGACCCAAGAUCAUUCCCAGCAGGUGUUUUCUGUGCUGCAGCAGUGGGAGAGCGACGUCCUGAAAUCCGAGGAGCAAGAGGAGAAACUCAAUAAUUUGUUUCGCCAGCAACUGAAGCUUUUCCAGCAGGCAAGGGUUGUGCAAAAGCAAAAGAUAAAAACCAUCAAUGACCUGCAUGAGCAGUUCGUCAAGAACAUAGAGGAGAUGGAGAAAAGCCAUGAAGCUUUCCUGCAGGGCACGCAGAUGGAGCUUCGGAAGGAAAUGGCUCUUCUGCAGAAGAAGAUUAUGAUGGACACACAACAGCAGGAGAUGGCCACUGUCCGCAAGUCUCUUCAGUCCAUGCUGUUCUGAACAUGUCUUUCUGACGUGACUUUAACUUCUGUUCUGCUAGGAAGAUUUCUUUUUUGAUUAUGAGUUUAUAAGUUAUCUCUCUCUUUUAAAUCAGUUUAUUUGUUUAAUUUAACAAUUGGAGCUGUUGCAGUAUAUGCAAUUAUUCUAAUAUAUGCUUACAUGUACAUGUAUUUUUAAUUCCAUUUUAAGAAUAAAGAUCCAAUUUAAUUCA